AUGGCGCCGUCUGAGCCUGGAGGAGCUCCUAGUAGCUCCCGCCGAUUACGACCCAAGCUGCGGCAGGCAACCUUCGUCCUCCCACGAACUGGCCAGCGUCUAAAAGGCCUCGUGAGCUUGCGCAACCCUACGCGGCGAUUUGCGGCAGCACAUGACGACAAUGCGGAGCGCGACGAGCGGCGCGGCUUGCUGUCGGGCGAGAUCGAGCUACACGAUGAUGGAUACGGAACUUGGCUGUCAAAACAGGCACAGGAGCUGUGGGCGACCCUGCACCGCUUCGUGACCUCCGAGCCCGGCAUUGGCGUCUUGAAGUCCAGUUUGGCCUAUCUGCUCGGGUCCAUGGCGACGUUUAUCCCUGCGAUUUCGUCGUUUCUUGGCCACCAGGAUGGCAAGCAUCUGGUGGCGACAGUCACCGUGUACUUCCACCCCGCCAGGACCCAGGGCAGCAUGUAUCGCGCCUUGAUCUGCGCGCUGCUCGCGUUCUGUUACUCUGCCUUCUUGUCCAUCACCAGUAUGCUGGUAGAGAACUUUUUCCAGGAUACGUUAAAUCUGCCGGCGCUGGGUCAUGCGGUGGUGCUGAUUGUCUUUUGCGGCGGCGGUUUGGGUUUCGUCGGGUGGACUAAGCAGAGGCUGGGUGAUCCACUGGUGAAUGUGGCCUGCUCGCUCACGGCCCUGUCGACCAUCACCGUCUUGACUAAGGAGGGCGCCGUGCAGAGCGGCGAUCUAUCGCUAAACAAGAUCUCUCAGGUCUUAAAGAUGGUGAUCAUGGGCGUCCUAGCUGCCAUGGCCGUGUCCUUUUUGAUAUUCCCCAUGUCCGCGCGAAAGAAGCUCCGUGCGAACCUGGUCACCGUCACAGACACGCUGGCUAUCAUGCUGGCUAUUAUCACGGACAGCUUCCUCAGCGGGUCUGAGGAAGACCUUGCUUCGGCAGAGUUUCUCGAGGCGGAAACGAAACACCGAAUGGCCUACGCCCAGUUGGACAAGCUAGUGCGCGAGGCGAAGCUCGAGCACUAUUUUGCAGGCACUGAACGGGAAUAUCGGCUGGAGAAAAAGCUUGUGCGUUGGGUGCAGGACAUCACUCAUAAUAUGGGAGGCUUGCGCAGCGCUGCCUCUCUGCAAUUCAGUCUGAUCCGAGAGACGAUUGUUCGGGAAUCUGAUUCGUCUGGAGGACAGCAGAGUGCUCCUUCCACGGAGUACUUCGCAUCUCUGGAACGCUCCUGGUCCUUCCCCGAUGGGUCGUUUCUGGAGCCGAUUGAUGAACGCCCGGAGGAAGAGCUCUCCCCGGGUGGAGGCUUCGGCACUCCGAACUCAGAUGGAAAGUUGGAGUCGAAUAAACACCCUCUGCUCCCGGCGGAUGUCUUCACAAUCUUUAUUUCGCAUUUGGGACCUUCGAUGCGGUCGUUGGCUUUCACUUUGAAAGAGAUCUUGAACGAAGUCCCCUUUGGUCCUGCCCCGCACUACAAAGUCUCUGUAGACAAUCGACUGCGCACCAGUCUCGACCGUGCUCUCGAGCUUUUCCAGGGAUCGCGAGAAAAGACUUUGAAAUCGCUCUAUCAACAGAUCGAACCCAUCAAAUUGAAGACGCACGAGGCGGAAGCGGAUCUCGAAGAAGUGUCCGCCAGCUGUGGUCAUUUCAGUUUCUCGCUUCUGGAAUUUGGAGAGCAGCUGCACGAGCUGCUCGCUAUCCUGGACCAGUUACAGCUCGAGACUGAGGAGCGGCCUAAUGGGCGAUCUUGGAGCUGGAUGCAAUUCUGGCGGGCCAAAGACACCAGCACCAUCGAGGAAUCUAUCUUUUUGACCCCUCCGGAACCCGACGCUCGAGCAUCUGCCGCAGUUAGUGCUUGUCUGCGCCCAGCUGCUGAAACCACCGUCAAGCAACGACUGGGCUAUCGGCUCUGGAAAUCUCUCGGGUUCUUCCGCCGCGACGACACCAAAUAUGCCAUCAAGGUCGGCGCUGGCGCUGCUCUUUAUGCUUUGCCGGCCUUUCUGCCAUCCACGAGACCGUUCUACCAGCAUUGGCGCGGCGAAUGGGGUCUGUUGUCGUACAUGUUGGUUUGCUCGAUGACCAUCGGCGCUUCGAAUACCACGGGAUACGCCCGAUUCCUCGGCACUUGCCUGGGAGCAGUGUGUGCCAUCCUGUCCUGGUACAUUUCCGGAGGCAAUGUCUUCGGCCUUGCCACUUUUGGAUGGCUGAUGGCCGUCUGGACCUCCUAUAUCAUUAUCGUUCAGGGUAAUGGGCCCAUGGGCCGGUUUAUCAUGCUCACCUAUAAUCUCUCCGUGCUGUAUGCCUAUUCGCUCACCCAGAAGGAGGCGGAUGGCUCGAAGGACGAAGGUGGCCAGGAUCCUAUCAUCGGUGAAAUCGCGCUCCAUCGCGUCGUUGCCGUGCUGUCCGGCUGUAUCUGGGGCAUUAUCAUUACGCGAGUGAUCUGGCCGAUCAGCGCACGCCGCCGAUUGAAGGACAGUCUCAGCAUGCUCUGGCUGCGGCUGGGUCUGGUCUGGAGGCGUGACCCGCUGUCGGCGAUGGUGAAGACCGGCCGCCCCGUUGUGUAUAUAACUGCGCGCGAGAGGCUCGAGCUCGAGCGCUUCCUUUCUCGGCUAGAGUCGCUGUUGAGCUCCGCGCGGUCGGAGUUUGAGCUGCGCAGUGCCUUUGCCGACGAUAUCUAUGCCAGUAUCAUCCGCCGUACUCGGCGGAUGGUGAAUGCGUUCCAUGCGAUGAACCUGGAGCUGACGAAGAGCGAGACGGCGACCGAGGGCGAGAUCAGUCUGCUCCGGUACACAGAGACCGAGCGGCGGCAGCUCUCGGCUCGCAUCAGUCACCUUCUCACCGUGAUGGCCUCGUCCAUGAAACUCGAAUACCCGCUCAACGAUGUGCUGCCCAGCAUUGACCAUGCGCGCGACAGGCUGCUGGCGCGCAUCUACCGGUACCGCCAGAGCCAUGAGGCCUCGCAGCUGACGACGGACGAUGACAGCGCAUUGCUGUAUGCUUAUAUCCUGGUGACGGGCCAGUUGUCGAAGGAGAUCACGGAGAUCCUCGCAGAAAUCGGGCAGCUGUUUGGCGUGUUGAGUGAAGAUGUAGUGCAAAUGGCGUAG